CCAAUACAGCGGGGCCGAGGGGCGGGACUCGGAGUAUCGGUGGUUGAAGAAGGAGAGCGGCGGACGGAGGGUUGAGUCGGAAACGUCAAAGUCUUCAACUUCGGGUGGCGCUCUCCAGCACCGGCACACAUAUCCUUCCACAGUAUAGAAUGCUCCUCGUCAGGCCGUAGCAGAUGCGCAGACGGGACCCUGAGGGAGGAGGAGUCAAGGAGCGCGAGCGGGGCGGAGCCAGGAGGACAGACUCCGCCUCCACCUCCCUGUCGGCGUUCCGGAACCCCGCUGGCCCCGCCCCCGAGGGGAAGCUGCCUGUUUUCCUGUUUCCCCAUGAGCUCACCUUCUUCGCUGAUGACCAGAGCAGCCACAAGCAGGUCCUCACUCUCUAUAACCCCUACAGCUUCAUCCUGAAGUUUAAGAUCCUGUGCACUGCUCCCGCCCGCUUCACUGUGCUGGACUCCGAGGGCCACGUCAAACCCAGCUCCUGCAUUGACAUAGUGAUUCGGCACAGGGAUGUGAGCCCCAGACACUAUGGGCAGAAGGAACGUUUUCGCAUGGAGGUGUGGGAGGAGGGGGGGGCGGGCAGGGGGGCUGCGGGGAGCAAGGAGGUGUGUGCCGUCCUGCAGCCAGCCAGGGCAGAGGCCAGCACAGCCAGGGCAGAACCGACUGGACCGGCACAGCCCAGGGAGCUGCCAGACAGUGUGGUCUCAGCACACAUACUGGCACUGCAAGGUCGGUGCCAGACCCCGGGGUUCGCUGUCCUCUGUGUGCUGGUUGGGGUCGCGUGCGUCGCCUUCCUCAUGCUCCCCCUGCACGGAGACACCAGCACUUUGGUUCCGCCCCACUUUCACGUCACUGUCAUGCAGAAGCUGGUGUGUGCCUACAUCCUGGGUCUCUUGACAAUGGUCUUCUUGCGAUGACAAGAGCAGCGGCGUCGAGGGAAUCAGAUGGAACUCAGCACCAGAGACGGGACCACAGUCAUCUUCAAAGCAGGCAGAUUUUGGGGGUCUAAAACGCUGGGGUCCAAAAACUCACAACCCCCAACGGAAAAAGACAGAAUGAUCCGCAGCACUAUUGGACUACGCUGGCUAGCUUCUCCAGCACGAAGCUGAUCCGAUGUGUCGUCUACUGGAAGUAAUGGUACACAGAGCGAUCAAUCAAUCAAUCGAUCGAUCCUGGGGCAUUUUAACUGGCAUUAUCCCUGAUUUUUGACAACUCUCUGUACAGGACAGUUCAGUGUAAUUAUAUUCACAUCCAUCUCGCAGUCAGUCUUAUCUAAUAAGGAUUACCAUCACUUUGUGGAGCUGGUGUUUUUUCUAUAUGUUAGAAAGUCACGUCCCCAAUUGGAAGCUGUUCGACACAAUUUCACUUACAAUAUCGCUGAGAGUGCAGAUCGCGCAUCAGAACGUCUGUGACAAAUAAUUAUAGACAUUUAAACCAUAACCUAAUCCACAUAAACAGAUUAAAAUGCUUUAAUAACAGCGUUUAGUCCGUUUCUUAUUUAGAUUGAAUGAUUAUGUUUACAAGUGUUUGCUGGUUGACUCUAAUCAAAAUCAGCCAGUCAUAUUUAUAUACCACUCUAGGGAUGGGAAUAAGGCUCCUGUUGCACAUCAGUUUCAUCCAUUCCAGGUUUUACUACCAGCUUGAUUAGCUACAGUGUGUAUAGCUAACAAACUCAGGUGUGUCUCAUUAAUAAAACUCAUAGGAAAACCAGGAAUGGAUCAAACCGCUAUGCAACAGGAGUCUUAUUCCCAUCCCUGGAUCAAUAAAUUUUACUGGCCUUACUUAAACCCAAGAACUUGUGUUGAAUUUGAUGAACCCUGUAUUUUAAAACACAAAUAUAUACCAUGUUUAUAACAAUACAGCACAGUCUAGUGUAAAACUAUAAAGUAUUAUUAUUAUUAUUAUUAUUAUUAUUAUUAUUAUUAUUAUUAUUAUUAUUAUUAAUAAUAAUAAUAAUAAUAAUAAUAAUAAUAAUGAUUAUCUAUAGAAAAUAUUAUUUACUCAUUUGUCAGUGAAGAAAAACAUUUAAAAUUGGUAUUCUGACAAUAUCUUCUAGUACAUACAUUUCUACUUCAGUAAAAUACUUCCAGUUAGUAUAGACAUAUAUAUUUUUUAAAAUUGUAAUCUUUUUUACAUUUUUAGCUUUAUCAUUCUUAUGAUGCAUGGGAUCGAUCUGCCUUUUAUUUCCAUUGGGAUCCUGUUAUUGUUAAUAUUAUUAUUAUUGCGAGACACAGUCUAGUUCAGAUAUGCAAACGUCACCAAGGGUCCCAUUCACAGCACAGCCUGUUGGCUGCUUGCUUGUUUCAAUGCUUAAUUAAAAUCCAGCUCCUUUAAAGAGAAGACCGAAACAUAACAGGACACAUUUCCAAAGCGUUUACUCCAGUCUUUAACUCCCAGUCUGUUCAAUUUUACCAGAACCAAAACAAUAUAUACUGCAAGUCCUCUUAAAGGGUACACAAGGUCCUUUUAAUUUUAUUGUGUUUCGUGUUCCCAUGUGUUGCUACAACUGUUUACGUAAGGUGUGUGUUGUUUUCAAUUUUUUUUUUUACAUUUUGACCACUUAAAACUUUUAAUUUGCAUUCCCUGCCUCGUUGGCUUCCCAUGUACCCGCAUGGACCUCUCAGAACUACAUUUCCCAUCACCCUCCUGAUCACUGGUAAAUCCAUCUCUGUUACAUAUGUGAGCAGGAGGAUGAUGGGAAAUGUAGUUCUGAGAGGUUCACCCAGGUGGUUGUUUGGGUUUGGCAUGUGGUCUCAGCCAGCACCUGUCUGGACUCGAGUUCCAGUCUGGCUAGUGGAAACGCAGCUCUCCGUAGCACAUAACAGGGUCCACACGUCCGUCUCGGUCAAGUCUUAAAACUGCAUUGCUUCACAUUGCCUAGCUGCUGGGCAUCAUUCAGUUGUGCUAAUCCAGUCUUACAAACGGUGUAAUGCGUAGAAUGUGUCUCUCUUUUUUUUUGUUGUUGUAUUCAUUCUAUAGAUAUAUAUGUAUAAAGAUGGACCAUGCAUACAAAUGUUGAUUUGAAAAUGUUCUGUAUUUUCCUUUCUCUGAAAUAGAUUACGUGCUUAAAAACAAAACACUGUUUCUUUUUAGUUACAUGUCAGCAUGAAUAAAUCUCACCCGAAUCUGUAGGCUUCAUAUUA